CCCAUCGGCGCUUGCCGGCCGCCAACCGCCGCCGCCGCCGCCGCCGCCGCAGCUGCAGCUGCUGCUGCUCCACCACCUCCUCCUCCUCUCGAUCAAAUCAACCCAGGAAGGUGGAGGCCGAGGAAUCUAACAGCGAACAAGAUUACGAAGCUUUGCCUGAUUCCAAUUCGUUUUACCUUUCCCGAUUCCAAUUUCUCCGAAAAGAUCGCGCCUUUGGUAAAUGCGCCGCCUCCCUCCUUCAUGGAUCUCCAAAUUGUAAACGAUGUCGCUCUUCCCGCUCUCCCUUGCCCCUGCACGUGCCCCUUCUGCUGCCGCCCCUCCACCGGGUCCUUCCGCCGUUCCGUCAAGCGCCGCCUCUUUGAAGAGGACACCGCCGUUACGGCUUCCGCUUCCUCCUUGGGUACCGAUGUUGUUUCCGCCCGGGUGGAGGUUGGGAACGAGGUGGCUGCUCUCCGGGAAGCGGUAGCGAGGCAGCAGCAGGCGAUCCAGGAGUUGUGUGCGGAGCUCGACGAGGAGCGCAGCGCCGCGGCAUCCGCCGCGAGCGAGGCCAUGUCGAUGAUUAUCCGCCUUCAGCGCGAGAAGGCGGAGACCCAGAUGGAGGCCCGUCAGUUCAAGCGCUUCGCCGAGGAGAAGAUGGACCACGACCAGCAGGAGAUGCUUAUCCUCGAAGACCUCCUCUUCAAGCGCGACGAGUUCAUCGACUCCAUCACGCUUCAGCUCCAGGUUUACCAGGAGUACCUCAGUAGCUACGGCGUCGACCUUGAAACCAUCGACGCCGACGUCUCUUUCACCCAUGCCGGCAGCGCCGUGCAGGCUCCUCAAUUCGACGGCCUACCGACCUUUGGUUACCCUCCUCUAAAGUGCACCACACCGAAUGACAUCGAAGGCGAAGAUGUCUAUGAGACUGCCGAUCGCCAAAAGCACGAGUUUGGGAAGACACCAAAUGCCAAAGAGGACCUCGAGAAUCUAGAGCAGCGGAUUUGCGAGCUCGAAGACAAGGACAUCAACGAGGAGUUGCCAGGUCAAUCUGGUCACUUCUGGGAAUCAUCUACUGAUCGCCAUGCCUCGGGUUCAGGCAAGAAUUCACAAGAGAUAAGAAAUGGGGAAGAAUUUUCUGCCUCACCUGGCACACCCUCAGAUGAUGGUGGUGCUUUUGACAAUCCGAGUGAUCGGGUGUACACUAUUGAUGCUGUGCAUGGAAAUCAAAUGGUUGGUGUUGCUGAGGAUUGUGAGAAUGUGCCAAAUGUGGAAGAGAAGAUACCACAGAUGAAUGGAGAAGUAGUUGAGAAUCCAGAUAUUGAGAAGCUUUGCAUGAGGCUACAGGCCCUUGAGGUGGACAGGGAGUCGAUGAGGCAGGCUAUUGUUUCCAUGCGAACCGAGAAGGCACAACUACUAUUAUUGAGAGAGAUAGCGCAGCAACUUUCGAAAGAGGCACCGCCGGAAAGGAGGAUGCUCAAGAAGAAAGCUUCAGCUGCUAAUUCCACCUUUCUAUCAUUUCUUAAGUUGAUAUGGGCAUUUUUCCUCUGGAAAAGGAAAGCCUCGCGAAUCAGGCACACCUUUGGAUCAUCGAAUAACAACGUCGGCUUGAUGCUUCUUUUGGACAAAACUCCCGGAAUUAGCCAUUGGAGGCGUGUCGCAAGAACACAUGCCUGAUGAUGCUCACAACUAACUACGGAUUGAAUCCGUCUUGCUCGAAGUGAAUAAGAAUAAUGUAAGAAACACAAUGUCGAUCGAUCUUUCAGUUGUGCAGUCUCAUAGGAGGAUUGUUUUAAAGUUCUUCUUGUAAUUACAUGAACUUGUAUAGAUGGAAUUGUUCCUUUGAUUCUUGAGAUUGACUCUGUUAAAACUUAAUUUGGCUUGAAAUCUACAAUUAAAUGCUUUCAUUGUCUGUUCA